AUACCGGUAUUUAUUUUUAACAAGUUUCGGGCUUUCAAAGUGGAAGAAGAUAUUUUAUCAGCAUUAUGGUGAGAGGUAGUAUUAGCAAAUCCAGAGACAUCUGAAACGCUGUUUUGACACAUUACAUAAUUUAUCAUAUACUUCUUUUUAAACUUGAUAUACACAAUCCUGUUUUUGUUUUUCUUCCCAUGUUUCUGGGUGGCUCCACUUCACUUUUAGAAAAGAAAUUCCAGGCUCUGUUCAGUUUCCUGCUUCUCUUCAUGCCAAGCUGAGUGACCAGUAGGGGUUUACGAUUUACUCCUGCUUCCUGUACUUUUUCCUUAGGCCAGCAGGUGAAAACAAAGGGACACGGGUAAAAAGUCGAGGUUGGUGUAGGUGAAAUUGUCUGCCCUUCAAGUUUUUAUGUCCUCCGAUCAACAUAAUAGUCUUAUAUUGGACCAAAUUAUUUUCCUGUGUAAUUUAUUCUCCUAAACAAAUUGAUUUGAUGUGAAGUCGAGCCCACUUCAAUUACGAUCCAAGGUCCCCCAUCAAAGAUCAGAUUACCAAAAACCAGACAUCAGAUUAACAAAUAACUUAAAUUACAAAAUUAAUCUAAUUUAUUCAUUAAACUAUUUUAAAUGCCAAUAUCAAGUCCUAAAAGUUUCAUAUAUUUUUUCACUCUUAUUUACAAUAUUCACUUAAAAAAAUAUCUAGAUCUCUUUCUUUGACAUCCCACCUGCAGUACCCAUCUGCCCACCAGGAGGCGGUCUUCUACACUUUACUAUUCAUAACAUGGCCUAGGAGGUUUGAUUACACAAAGCUGAGCAGUCCACAUAACUCUGAUAUUACAUGAUGUCCUCAUGGUGUGAUCCAGAUCAAUGACUCUACCGAUUAAUCACGUGCUAAACUGGAAACCUACUUUCUAUAAUCUACCUAUAUGAUUACCUACUAAUAAGAAAGUAUAGCGGGAUGUCAGAAUUACAACUGGACUGUAGUAAAAUCGUUUCCUCGUUUCCCCGCUCGACUGUAAAUUAUUUAGUAAUUUCUGCGAUGAUUGGGUGAUCUAUAUUUAAAAAGAAAAAAUAGUUUCUAGGUUUUGGCAUAUGUUUAUGUUUAGAGGUUAAAGCAUUAUCACGGAGCAACAGGCGGGCGCUGAGGCAUGCAGGGCGGGCCCGGUGACGUUUCCAAACGCUGGCAUUUUCUAGGCGCUCGCGGUGACGUAGCGCGUGGGGCAGAGGAGCACUAGGGACAAACACAGCUGACUGCGCGCAUGCUAUCUCGGUGGGGACUUCAGCGCAGACCCUAACGCUAGGUUACAGUCAUAUUGGCUUGGUGGAAAAUAUUUGCGGUGAAGAAACAGGCCGAAAACAGGGGAGGUGCCUGUACGGCUGUCAACAAAGGAGAAGAAAAAGAGGGGGAGUGUAGUCCAGAAGGACCGCUAUAACAACUAAUUCAUUGUCGCUCCAAACUGGUGGACAGACGGCUAAACUGCUCACUCAUUAGGCCAAAACACUCCUAAGCGUGGUGUUUUGAGGAGUUACAGGAGGUGACAUGGUGGACUACUAUAGCAUCUUGGGAGUGUCCAAAACAGCCACUCAGGAUGACAUCAAGAAAGCGUACCGGAAAUUGGCCUUGAAAUGGCAUCCUGACAAAAAUCCAGACAACAAGGAGGAAGCAGAGAAAAAGUUCAAAGAAGUUGCUGAGGCCUAUGAAGUCCUGUCUGACAAGAGCAAACGUGAUGCAUACGACAGAUAUGGAAAUGACAGAAUGCGACACACAGGUUCCUCCAGCUCAGACUUUACAGAAAUGCCCGGCUUCACCUUCACAUUCCGCAGCCCAGAUGAGGUGUUCAGAGAAUUCUUUGGUGGACAGGAUCCCUUUGCCAGCUUCUUCGAUGACUUCUCCUCAUUUGGAAGCUCAUCGUCUCGUCUCAGCCCGGGGCGAUUCUUCUCUUUUCCAUCAGGAGGAGUUGAAUUCUCCUCUUUCUCCACUACCUUGGGUGGUCUGGAUGGGAUGGAGAGCAUGGGUGGAGGGAUGGGCAACUUUAGAUCAGUUUCUACUUCCACUCGCAUCAUAAAUGGAAAACGCACCACCACCAAGAAGAUAAAGGAGAAUGGGCAGGAAAGAAUAGAGAUUGAGGAGGAUGGUGUGUUGAAAAGUGUUCUAAUUAAUGGUGUGGAAGAUGAAAUGGCCCUUGCUCUGGAGCUGAGCCGACGAGAGGAGCAGGCCACUCCAAAGCCACGACUCCAGAACAAAACCGCUGAGUCAGACAGAUCCCACCUGAGCCCUUACACUUCACCCACGCAUCGUUCAUUUAGCUCAGCCCCAUUCUACCACUACGGGGUUGCGGGAGGCAGUGAGGAUGAUGAGGAAGAUGAAGACCUACAGAUGGCUUUGGCAUGCAGCCUGUCAGAAAUGGAAGCCCAGCAGAGAGCUGCUGCUAACGACUACAUAUCAGGUGCUCGGGGUGGGGGCAGAGCUGUCAGUGACAAAACUGGGGGCCGUUUAGAUGGCGGGAUUGCUAAGGCAAAGCAUUUGAAUGUACAGAGCAGGGAAGAGGUUGUUGCAGGGCAGAAAUGUAAAGAGAUAAAAUUGGGUUCAGUAGCUGGAGAUGGAUGCAAAAGUGUGGCAAAGGGUACAGUGGAGCUAGGCUCCUCCCCUGAGUCAUCCACAACUGCCAGCACUACACCCCUAAGCCAGUGCAGUGAGGAUAAGUUUAAACCUGUGAUAAAAAGUGAUUGCAGCGUGAAAAAGAAAAAGAAGUGUGGGUGUGUUGUCUCCUAAUGAUGUGUUUUUGUAGGUUUACUUUCUUUGGGUUGCCUUAUUAUACUGACCUCAGUGUUUUGCCUUCAGCCAGCUCUAAUGUAAUGUGAAUUAAGCAGAUCUUUAUUUGAGACAGUGCCUAUACUGAUGACAAGGCUUCACAUUCCUCCAAAGGAACACACUAAAGAUACGAUUUGUGGUUACGUUUCUACAUUAUCACAGGCAUUUAAAUUGUUUUUGCAUUUGGGUGCAAGCUGGUGUGGAGGAUUGCUCGUGAACGCGAAUUUGCCAGAUAUUUGCAUAGACUGAUGAAUUGGAAUUAAGUGAUGAUUUAGAUCUGUUGUGUAUAUAUAAGAUAAGAUAAGAUAAGAUAAGAUAAGAUAAGAUAAGAUAAGAUAACCUUUAUUAGUCCCACACGUGGGAAAUUUGUUUUGUCACAGCAGGAGUGAGGACCAGUUUAAGUAACUCUAAAACAAAGCUUGAAAGGCCUUUUAGAAUUUAAGGUUUGAGUUUAGGUUUAAAGCCAAACCUGGAGUUAGGAAUAUAUUUGGGAAUUUUGAGGUUUGUGUAAGUUUUUUCAGAAUACAUUAUGUCAGUGAAGGUCUAAAAUUGAGUGUGUGUGGUGGUGUUUGUGUGUGCAUGUCGUUCUGUGUAGCUCUUUCUGUGUUUGAGUCAGCUGAGACCUUGCCAUAGAAUUUUCUCAUUCAGACUCUCUGGCAGUGGGAAUGUUGCACAACUGUGCCACACGAAAAUCAAAGGUAGCCCACAGAACUUUUUGUGGUUUAUUUCCAGGUUGCCACAUAAACAACUUUUAACUGAAGACCAGUGUUUCUCAGUCAGCUUGUUAUGAUGUCCAGAAUAAGUAUGAAGCAAUAAGUAGUUAGGUGAAGCACAUGCUCACACACUUUGACUAUCUUGUUGUUGGAAAGUUGAAGUAGGGAGGUGCUCGUGUAUCAUUAAAUCCAAGUUUAUCAUAUGUUGGUCCUGCACUUUUACCCAAAUAGCAUUAAAAUUGUAAUCAGAUUUUAGAUUAUAGUUUGGGGAAAGCACUUUAUUAAGUUAAAGGACAAAUCGCAGUAUUGUGACUGAAACAGCUACAAAUAAUGAUUGUUAAGUCUUUGUACAUGUUAACUACUUAUGUGUUUGCUAUUCUUACAUUAUCGAUGCAAACGUGCCAAGCUUUAUCAACAAAUUAUAAAGAUAAAUCAGUUUUUGGAUUCUCCUUGGUCCUCCUGCAGUAGAUGUGACUGAGAGUGUUGUCAAGUGAUUGGAGGAAGAAGAAAGUGACAAUGAUUGUGACGGCAGUGUGUUACCUGUCCUGGAUUUUUAAAAAUGUUGUAUUAUUGCAUCCGGUUACAGGAUGUAUAAUAGCUAAAUGAUCAAAGAACAUUUGUUUACAUGCUCCCUGAGCGAAAUAUUAAACCUCAGCCAACUCCAGAUGAGCUCCCUUGUGUGCAAAAUUACAAACACUGUACUUUAGGGGUGACUUGAUGACUUUCCCUCCUGCACUGCUUCCCAGCUUUCAGGCUUAAAUACUUUUUUU